AUUCCAUUCACAACUUCACAAAAAAAAAUGAUACACCAAAUAAAAAAAAACAUGUGAAGGAAAUAAAAUAGUAAUUCAACUGCAUUCUUAUUCUUCUUCUCCAUCACUCUUUUAGAACUCCAUCUAUUGUAAUCUGUGUAGAUAGAAACAAGAACAAAGCAUUCAUUAUUUACUAUGGACAAGUGUUUCCAUGUGAGCUCUUCAAUGGUAUCAAGCACUAGUGCAAGAGCUAGUGUUCUACACUACUCUCAUCAUCAUUCCUUUCCUUUUUCCGCGCAAGAUAAGAAGGUUACUAAUUACCUUCCAGGUUCAAGUAAAUCCAACAAAUGGACUGCUGCUGUUGUCUCGUUUUCUUCCUCUCGUUCGCGCAAUAUGAGACGCCCUGCCCUUAGCAUUGUCUGUAAAGCUUCUGUAGAUACAGUUCAAGUAGUGACUGACACUACAUGGGACAGUCUCGUUCUUGGAAGUGAACUACCUGCGAUUGUAGAUUUCUGGGCACCCUGGUGCGGUCCUUGCCGUAUGAUUGCACCCAUUAUCGACGAUUUGGCCAAGGAAUACGCUGGAAAAAUCAACUGUUUCAAGCUCAACACAGACGAGUCUCCGAACGUAGCAGGAAGGUAUGGAAUCCGGAGCAUCCCUACCGUGUUAUUUUUCAAAGAAGGAGAGAAAAAAGAUAGCAUCAUCGGGGCGGUACCCAAGUCUACCCUUUGCGAUACAAUUGAUAAAUACAUAUAAGCUAUUGAGAUCAUCUUAUUCAACAUUGCUUAAGAUGGCUGGUAAUUCAAGAUCACUACUCAAAUUUUUACGUUUGUAUAUGUAAUUAUAUUAAGGACGACUUUUCGGGAGAAUCAUUUCUGCAAAAAGUGAACACAUUGAAUUUCA